UUUUAGGAAGUACUCCUUUGGACUGGAUUGCAUGUUUUAUCCGGAAACGGCGACAGUCCGGUAUCAAUUGUUUUUCGUUAAUGUCUGCACCCUCACGCCAAAUCAAAUGUGUUGUGGUUGGUGAUGGUACCGUUGGUAAAACAUGCAUGUUAAUAUCAUAUACGACCGAUUCGUUUCCAGUAGAAUAUGUUCCUACUGUCUUCGAUAACUUUUCGGCGCAGAUGACAGUUGACGGACAUCCUGUUAAUUUAGGUUUAUGGGAUACUGCUGGACAAGAAGAUUACGACCGUCUCCGACCAUUGAGCUAUCCACAAACUGAUGUCUUUGUGUUAUGCUUCAGCAUAGUAGCUCCAGUUUCUUUUGAUAAUGUGUUGACUAAAUGGAUACCAGAAAUACGACAUAACUGUCCGGAUGCACCAAUUCUGUUGAUAGGAACGAAGUUAGAUUUACGGGACGAUCCUGAGACUUUAAGGCAACUGAAUGCCGAUGGUAAACAGCCGGUCACCAAAAGCCAGGGACAAAAAGUUGCAAAGCGAAUCAGAGCAGUCAAAUAUCUUGAAUGUAGUGCCUUGACGCAGCAGGGUCUGAAAGCAGUGUUUGAAGAAGCAGUUCGAGCAGUGAUAGCACCAAAACCAACUGGUAAAAACAAGAAUUGUGCGGUUCUGUAGUAUUCAUUUUUUUUCUAUGCACUUCACACGAAACUCAAAAGUACGUUCAGUAAGUCUGCAAAUCAAUGGUUUGAAAAAAUGGCGCAAUUUUAACAAUUCAACUUAGAUUCAGAUUCGGUGUCAGGUUUUGUUAAUCACCCCACAGAUUUUCCUUUUUUUUCAUAUGCCUUACCACUUGUAUUUUUCUCUCUGUUUUGCCUUUGACCAUGCUUUUCAAAUUUCGCUUAGUUAGGGAAGAGUAUAUCCUUUUCUCUACGUUAGGUUAAUAACUGUGGAGGUAUAUUUCUUCAUGCUGCUGCCUUUAGUUGCAUUUUUG